AUGUCCACCAAUGGUGGAAGUCUUGAAGAUUGUCACACGAACGUCUUUGCUUUGACGGAAUUGAAUGGUCUCAAAUGGAAAUGCUUAACAACUCCUUUAUCGCAAAGAACCUGGACAAGUUUAGAGCAAGAUCCCGUAUUAAGUGCUUAUGCACGAUGUUUGCAAGCAGGAAUUCUUUGUGCUUGGAGACGACAACCACCGCAACCAACUGGGACACUUGCAGCUAUGCAGUUACCAGAUUAUAGAAUAGAUGUUGUCAAAGAAUUGUGGGUUUUUUGGUACAGUCAUGAGGAACCGGAUUGUCUCACUGAAUAUACCAGUCAUUUGGCAUGUUCUGAAGAUGGUCAAGGUAACUGGUCGGUACCCGGUAUACAGUAUGAGACGAGAACACUAUUCUUCAAGGCACUACAUAAUUUGAUCGAGCGGAAUAUGCUAAAAAAUGGAUACAUUCGUAUUGGAAAAUAUUUUACACGUCCUUAUGAAGUGCCUUCGUCCGAUCGUAUACACUGUUCUCCCAGCUAUGUAAAUGGGAUCAGUUUCAAUUUUUUCGUUCAUGGCGAAAAUAUUGUUUGUGCAACAGUUUCUGUACAACGUCAGCCUACUUUAUUUCGCCUUUCACGUCGUCAUUUGGAUUUGGGUAAGAAACAACCGGUGAUAUUGGGUCCGUGGUCAAUGCGCGCUGUAUUACUACCCGAACAACCGAGGAUUGUGGAUUCUACUACACCAUUAUUACAACAACAGUCUUCUGCACCACAGUACGGUAAUUUUACCAGUUUAUCCUCUGUUGCACAUCAAGUAAAUCCUGUUCCAUCGUCGUCGAUCGAUUCCGACACUAUUAGUAAUAGUUAUGACGGUGCAGGAACUAUUUCAAAAGCUGCAGUGGACAAAUUGUGGUCUGAAUGGUUGCAAUUCUUCUGUUUAAUUGUUAAUGUUGAAAGGAACUUAGGUUCAGCAGAUACUGUUGGCUACAUUGGCUACACUGAAAAUACAUCACCAGCCAAAAACAGCUUACCAAAGAUGGUUUUGGUAGAUGUGGACGGCGUUCAUAUGUGGUACCCAAGUUCACUAAUUGUUGUUCAGGCUUCUGAUGAUUUGUUGUUGAGACAGAAUGAAAAAACUAUCAAUGAUGAAGAUUCUGACUUUUUCAACAGUGGAAGUAACAGUAGCAGUUUUACCGCACGAACCCCACCGGCUACUGGAGGACAUGCGAGAUUACGAAGUACUCCGUCAUUCCGAAAACGAAAAAAAAGGCUAAGCGAAUGUGACACAGGAUCCAAUGCUGAACGGCAUAAUGCAAUGUAUGGGACAAUGGUGAAUGGUGCACGAGCAGCGCAAAGGUUUUUUGAAGAAUCCUUCAUUGCUCCGGCAAGCAGUCGGCGAAAAGAGAGCACAGAAUCGCCAUCCUCGUCUGGUUUAGGCCUUUUAAUGUCAGCUGCUACAAAUGAUGAUGACUGCCGGUGGAAUUUCACAGAUGGUAUGCGACGAAAGGAUCGUGAAGAAGGAUGUGGUUGCCACCAUUGUCGUUUGCAGCAGUCUAGUAGUGCUACAGCUCUACCCAGUCUACCAUCCCAGUGUAUAACACUUCAACAAGGCAUGGGAUCAGCUAUAUUUCAUCGACGUUCUUCAUCCUGCACACGAUCUCCAUCGCCUCCACGAUCACCACCUUGGGAAAAGAAAAUUUUAGCUACCAGUUCGGAAACCGGAGAUAGUGAGCAUAAUCUUGACUGGAUACGUGAAAGCUAUUUUCGUAAUUCCAGAAGCAGUUCAAGAUCUGGGCGCGCGGACCUGCUGCAUGAAGAUAGGCACAUAUGUCCGAAAACACCAGAUGCUUCAACGAUAAUGGAAUCUCCAGAACGUCGACGGGUGCAAAGAAAUUCUGUGCAAAUGUUUGGUAAAAUUGGAAGCUGUAAACCUAUCUAUCAAAAUUUAAGUCCUACUAGUCGGCCACGUUCUCCAGCUUGUGAUACAUCCCAAGCGGAAUCAUUGGGUCGUAUGCAGUCAAAAGAUUGUUUAAGCAAUGAUUUUGCGUCAUCAGCUGGGAAACAUACGCCUACAAUUACAGAUCAACAACCUAAUUUAAUUAACAGCCUACGGUUAAAAAAGGGCAAAAAACUUAAAGGACGAAAGCGAAAAGCAGAUGAGAAGCUAGAAUGGAGUGGUAUUGAAUCACUGGAUGUGUCGUUUCUGACAGCAAAAGUUGGUGAAGACAAUGAGGACGAUGAUAACAUUAACUUCACAUGCCCUAGUAACUUUAAAUUGCGUGAAUGCAAAUCGGUGAUCAAUGGCGAAGUAGUCGAAUCCUCAAACGCAGUACCGCACACUAGAUCUUCUCUUAAUGUUUCAACUUCCCAGUCGCAGGACGUUUUGCGCAGUUUGCCGGUAUUUUCACAAAUCGGGUCAGCUAUGCCGUCAAAUGCAGGUGUUAACUUAACUCCCAGUAUUUUCACUUCGGAUUGUGAUACUCAGCCUUUAUUCCUUGACGAUUGUAAUCCAUCCGCCAUUACAAUGGUCGAAAGAAAAAGUCCGGUUGAUACUGUUGUAACUGAUUCGGUGCAUUUAUCUCCUCCAGCAAGCAACGAAAGAGUUGAGCCUACGCAGAUUUUGGGAGGAACCGUUGCAAAUGUGAUGGCACGUGUUGGCGGGCCUCCGUCAGUUGGUGACUACAUGAUAUAUCCAACUCCACCAUCAGUUGAUGCAACUCAGUCACAACAGUUCAGUCCUCAAAAUACGCUCAUACAAGCAAAUCCAACUAGUAUUCUCUACCCGCCAACGGUUUCCUAUAUGGCAGCAGCAGCGGCAGCAGCAGUAAACCUUUGCCAUAAUAUUCCUCCUGUACAACUACCUCCUACUGUUGUUUCGGAAACAGAUGCUACCACCGAAGCCACCCCAACUAUAAAACGGGAACUUGAGAAUGACGAUGAAAGACUUCUGGGUAAGCUUCAUUAUUCGAUUGGUGAGAAGCCGGUGUACGGCAAAUUUAUGCAAUUGGAGAUGGCACUAAGUAGAAAAUUUGCUGGAAAUAUACUUGCCAAGGAAUUUUUGUCACUGGAGGCAAAAGAAUGUCGAAUGCUGGAAGGUGUCUAUGCAGACCAGUUAAAGCUAAUUAAGGCAGCCGUCGCAGCUCGUGAAAAGCGGAAGAAAGUUGGCCGUGCUCCAGAUUACUUAUUUAUGCGUGAACGUCUCCGGAAUCUUGCUCCGCACUCAUCAUUCACAACAGUGCGGCAUUAUCGUAUACCCUACAACAAUGGCCAUAUGUUUUCUUCGCAUUGUCUACCAACUUUGCAAAUGUUACCACAUGGUAUGUCAAUGAAUGGAGUGCCUAAUUUCGUUACAAACGGACCACCAUUUGGGGCGGCAUCCUAUAAUGGCAAUAAUUCAGUAAUGAGCAUGAUGAUGAGUAGUGGUUGUUUACCACCUGGUGGUACCACUAUUAUGCAACCGGUGCCCAGUUCCUCACGAAUGGGUGUCGUCCAUAUGAAUCAGCAAAUGUCGAUGGCACAUCUUCGGCCACUAGCAAGGAUACCGUCCAUGCCACCAUAUGCUUCAUCACAAACGGGUCCACUACAACAUCCUCCUUUUAUGGGUCAGUCAGCUCAGUUCUGUAGUCCUCCUGGAGUGAUGAAUGCUCCGAAUCCGAUCUCUUCAUUUCCGGGUGGUCCAAUGUGCUCGAUGAGUACUGGUCCAGUGCAAUCAUCGCAUAUGCUUAGUGGAAUGCAUGGUACUACUCCAUCGCAACCGCUAGGCGCAAAUAACAUGCAUGCUGCGGGACCACCAAACGGACAAUUCUCCAUGCAACAACCGCAGCAACCAUUCCAACAGUUGAGUCAUUUUGUUAACAAUGCUAAUUUCAAUGGACAAGUGGGAAUGACAGCCGUGAAUCCGUCGCAACAGAGCAUCUAUCAACAACAGAUAAUGUUCCGGUGUAAUAUGAAUGGGAACUUGCCAGCACAACAUCCUAUUCAUUCAUCUGACUCCUACGGGAUUGAUUCGCAGGGUCAAGCACCAGUUGAACCACCACCACCAUUUUCUCAAUCAAUUAACCAGCAGUAUGCUGCAGUACACAAUGUUCAAGGUGGUUCAAUGAUAUAUCCUCAGUCGGCACAUAUGAUGCGUCAGAACACGUUAAUGUCGCAAGCACAAAAUCAAAAUAUGAUGUGUGGUCCGAGAACAUCGCAGAAUCCUAUGAUGACAGUGCCAUCAUCCAUCGGAAGUCCUAAUAACGGCGGGUUAUUCGGAAACCGUUUAAUGAAUAUGCCACAUGUCAUGGACACAGCUGCUGUUCCACCAAAUAACAUAAGGACACAUCCGGAAGGAAAAUCUUUGGUACUCGCUGUACUGCUUCAGGAUACAGUUCUGGAUCUUCAUUAUGAUUCAGUUUUUGAUGCCUGUCCAAUUUGUUCGUGUAAUGGUAGCAUCAGAGCAAAGGAACUUGGGGUUUAUAUAACACCACCCGAAGUGCUGCGACAACCACCAGCGCAGCAGCAGUUAAUUGUUAGCAAACCAACCAGUGGAUUUUACAAUAGUACAUCAAAUUCGUGUAACUGUGGAUUUAGUGCUGUGCGGCAUCGUUACUUAAGUAUGAAAGCGGGUUUAUUCGCUGAAGAUGCAAAAGAAGCAACGGAUAUUAAUGAAACCCAAAGUCAGCCGGCAAUUCCACAUACCAUUUGGUUCGACUCAAUGAGUGGACGGGAUAUGAAUUUCAUCGCUUUGCUGCGUGAGCAAACACUUGUGCGUGAUCUUGGUGGUUUAUUAGAUCAGGUGACAUUACUCAGCUUACAGUGUGAGCGAGCUUCGCAGACUGAGCGCAUUGGAUCCGAUUCAUCAAAGCAUUGUGAGUAUAUCAUUUCGGAAGUGGACCAGCGUGAAUUACCGUUGGUAUUCCAAGCUGCUUGCGAGGUUGCUUGUAUGGAAAUGAAUUGCCGACGUCCACCGCAUGAUGUGCGGAGUGUGCUGCUUCAUGAUUGGGGAGUUCAGAUAUCGAACGAAAUGCGUGAACCACGUGAGUCUGAAUGCAUGGCGUUGUUGCAAGAAAUUGGGCCGAUUCUGGAAGAAUCUUUACGAAUUGCUCGUUCUUCACCAUUGUUCGGAAGUAAUAACAUAGUGGAAGGACCGUUGACAUGGCGAUUUUUCGAUCGCAAAGCAUUAAAAGCUGCUGGGGGAACGGAAGACGAUAGCGGACCGGAGGCGGUGCCAAACAUAGUUGUUGCAUCGGAAAAAGAUGCAGUUAUAACAUCACCACAAAUUAUAAGAUUGUGGGAAAAGAUGUCAUUAGAACCGUAUGAUCAGCCAAAAGAUGUUCUUUAUAUUGGUGUUGUUCCGGAUAAUUUGAUUUGUAUUGAGAAAACGAAAAAAUAUCUCAUGGAUUUGUCAAGAAUGUACGAGCAGUGUCGUUUUGGUCGUCAUAUACCGUUUUCACGAGAAGUAUUACGUGAUGGUCUGUUGCGUGUCCCAACAAGGUAUCCAGCAACUAAUCCAGGUGAAUGUGAUAAUUUUCUGAAUCAAGUCGAGCGACACAUUGGCGAUAAUAAAUCGUUAAUCACACGAUUAAAGGUUUAUAUGCAGUAUUUCGAAAAUGAAAUGGCUCGUAUACUGAUCAACAAUGAUGAUAUCUUUAGCCGGGACAAAUAUCGUGCUGCUUUGGCUGAAAGUCAAAUUCAUUCUGUGCAACACAUUUCAAUAGCAGCUUACCAAUGCGGAGUAUCAAGUUCUGACCAUAUGCCACCACCUUCGGCGCCUGGAAGUAUUAUCAUCUCCGGUCAAUCCGGCGAUGCUUCACAUGGUCCAAAUAGUACCAGUGGUCCAAGUUCAUCUGGUGUUACCAUUGGUGAAUCCUUAACGCCAGACGGUUCUAUCGGUGAUGGGAGCGCUCAAAAUAUGACCAAUUUUUCAUCUUUCAUGACUGAACAAUUAGUAGCUGAUGGUAUCAUAGCAGAGGAUGAACCGGGAACUCUACCUCAUGUUAUUGUCAUCUACCUCGUGAAUCCAUUUUUAUUGGGUGCUGAAGAAAAUCCACUUGUUGCAAGAGUUGUUACGGUUGCUCUAAUGCGUGCAUUUAAUGCACUCCUUUACCGUUUAAACAAUAAGCGUCGACCACAGUUACAACUGGAAAUGAUUGCAUUACAAAAUAUUUUCGAUUAUUGUGGUGCUUCUGCUGAUUUCCUAAAAGAUGAACGCGGACGUUUGAAUGGCUAUGAUCAAGGUCGUUUGGAAAAAUCUCAAAAUGAACGGUUGUCAUCAUCCGAUUCACUUAAAACUAUUGCAUUUUCGGUUUACACACAUUCACGUGUAGUAUUACCAGAUAUUGUACGGGGAAUUUUGCCAAAAAGUAUGACACGUUUUGGUCCCGCAUCAGCUAUGGUUGAUUUGUUAAACGAACUGGAACGAAAAGAACCUAUUUAUUACAAGGUCCCAAGCAAGCCAUUCAUUCUUGCUCCACCAUCACCGGUAAUGCAACGUCCAAAUUGUGAUCUCAUGCAAAUUAAUACUGAUGAAGCUGUACUGUUUGUUAGUUAUUGUUUAAUAGGGAAUGAUUGGCUUGCUGCCACCGUAACGGAUCAUCAAGGUCAUUCGCUCGAUAAUUGCUUGAUUAAUUUGAGAUUAAAACCUGAUCAUAAAAGGGUGAAUAUGAGGUACAAACAGUCGACACAGAUCCGGGACAGUUUGUAUCGUUUGUGGUCAUACAUUCUGGGUACGUUGGCCAAUGGUACUAGGAAUUGGAGGCUUGUUAUCGGUAGGGUUGGACGUAUUGGUCAUGGGGAAUUUAAAUUUUGGACUCAAAUUCUCAGCAAAUCUUAUUUGAAACAGGUUGGGACACGGAUGAAACAUGUAUGUCGGGCAUGCCAUGUGAUGCCCGGAACUUCGGAAGUUCCUGGAGUGUUGUCAGCUUGCUUGGUCAGCCUAGAACCUGAAGCACACCUUCGUGUUUUCCCAUCAUCUUUUCAGCACGAUGAUCGUUUCUUGAAAAACUCUCGACACCGUGCACUGACGACACCUGAUGAUACAAGCUGUACACAUAUUCUGGUUUUUCCUACUAGUCCCGAGUUGAAUUUAGAUCAUCAAGGUGGGAAUGGCGUUGCUGAAUUGGAGGAGGAUGACUUUUCAAAUUUGUUAACGGAAGAAAUUGGUGAGGAAUUUAGUGAAUUGAUUGGAAACGGUGAGGAUUUGAUGACAAAUGGAACUGGACCACCGCCACAAUCGGCAAGCUUUCGGCUGGGUGGAAAUACAGGGAUUCCAAGUGAAUAUGCUGAUGUUUCGAUAGAAAAUCAACCGCUUGCUACCGGCUACUAUAUUUCAACAGCACCAGCAUCGGAUUUGCCGGAAUGGUUCUGGUCAGCUUGUCCUUCUGCGAAGCGACGAAAUCCGGUACACUUGAAAAGUUCACUUCAUUUAAAUACGCCGAAUGUUCAACAAGGCGAUGAUAUCUCGUCAUUUGGUAAAGGUACCGAAGCUUGUCAUCACCAGUUGGAUAGCCAGGCAACAGCCGAUGUUCUCAGGUAUGUUUUGGAAAUGUACAAUGCCUUAUCCUGGCUCAAUAUGGAUCUGGUAAGCGGUGAGCGGCGUUCCUGUCUACCCAUUCAUAUUCAAGCACUUAUGUGGCUUUGCAAUGCCGUUAAUCGCUUCAUCAAUUGA